AUGCCAGUUACCGAUCCAAUAUCAGACAUGCUGACGCGCAUUCGAAAUGCCGUCAUGUCACACCACGACACGGUGUCGAUACCGCAUUCGAAGAUGAAGCGUUCACUUCUGCGCCUAUUGCGCGACGAAGGUUUCAUCGUGAACGUUGAAACGCACCGAGACGGCGUGAAGGCCGAUUUCGAAGUCAAGCUUCGCUACUACGAAGAAGACGACGAAUCGGUGAUCACCGGACUCAAGCGGAUCAGCACACCGGGACGACGCGUCUACGUUGGCAAACACGAGAUACCGCGAUAUUUUGGCGGUCGUGGCGUAGCAUUUCUUUCGACCUCCAAAGGCGUGAUGACUUCGGAUCAAGCGCGCCGUUCCGGUGUCGGCGGAGAGUUGCUCUUUUACGUCUGGUGA